AUGGUGGUCCGCAGAGCAGUUUUUAUUCAAUCAUUGAUUGUGGUGGUCUACGUUCUUUUUAACAAGCAAGCCGGUAACGUUGUGGUUUUAAACUGAUAAUAUAUUUUUACACUUGGCUUGCAUUCCUUUAACUUUCGAAAACGUCCGUUAAAUGAAAUCAACAAAACCAGACAAUAAUAAUUUAGUAACAAUUUAGCCUUAAAUAAGAUGAUUCUCCCGGGAAAAAAAUCCGGAUCCAAGAUGGCGUACAAUAGACCAUCUCCUGUUGUCAACUUUGUACUUUUAUUGUUUUCAGUACCAAAUGUGAGACUGAAGUUGAACGUUCCGUUUGAUGAAAACUUCGUUAGUUAACUUUUUUUGUGGAAAUAAUGGUGAAAAAUGUUAGUUAGCAACAAUUAAAAAAAAUGAUCACAUAAUAAAGUAAAAAGGGUUGUAUCAAAACAAGGUAUAACUCCGGCCUCCAAUCCUAAAAACGUAAAAUGGGCAAUUUCGUAGCGUAAAGCACUUAGCAUAAACUUUCCCACACGUUCUACAAAAUCAACGCUUUAAGUGUUAGCUAUCUUACACUAUUCUAUAGAGUUGGGGGCAAGAUGAAAAAAUCCAUCUUCCAUAUAUGUCAAAAGUUCGGUAUGAGAAGGAUGAAAGUUUGUUACUGACAGUAACAUUUUUUAUUAAUUUAAAUUCCUUGGCAAAUCGUAAUUCUAGUCCGUCUCCACACCUUAUACUAUUUCGGUAUAUAAGAUUUCCUUUAAUCAUAAUUUCCUUUUCAGUUUGCACUCGGGCCAGUUCCUCUAAUUAUUCACCUAAUAAUACACCAACAUGUGAACAGAAAGUACGUAUACCAUGGAAACCUGGCACACCACCCUACCUGACAACAAGACGUUGCUUGAAUGAAUGCGGGACCUGCUACACAAAGCACGAAAAAAAUUUCGACCAGGCGUGCAAAUAUCAGAAGAAAUGCUGUGCGUUCAAUUUCACCAAG